AUGUUUACAAGGAUAUUUGUAAUAAUGUUUUUUUAUUUGAUGUGCUAUGAAUUAAUAUUUUCAAAGAAAAUUGAAGACAUAUUUACAUGUAUGAAUGAAACAGAAUGUGAUGAAUUAAUAGAAAAAAAUGCAUCAGAAGAAUCAUUGAGCACUACAGUUGAAAGUAUUCAUAACUCAACUAGUGUUAGCACUAGUGACUCUACAUAUUCAACACAAAUUACAAAGGUUCAAACAAUACCAACUAUGCAAACACCUCUUAAAAUUGAGUAUAAUAGUGGAACAAGAAAUCACACUGUACAUAAAAUACAGUCUGAUGUUUGUGAAUGUGAUUUAACAACAUCUUCUUGCGACAUUAAUUGCUGUUGUGACAAAGAUUGCAAUGACUUCCAUUUAACAGUUUUUUCACACUGUGAAAAUCAUCAGGCAGAAUUAUAUGAUAAACGUUACUGCUACAAUAGAAAUUUUAUAGAACGAAAUAACACUCCAUUCAUACUUGAAAAAUUAGCAAACAAUCUGUUUUGUAUUUUAUAUGACAAUCUUCCACCUACAUACAACGAUAACAGUGAUUUGGAUAUAAAAACUGAGAAGGAUUUACGCGAAGCAAUGGCCUCAGAUAGAUUAAAAUGGAACUGGGAAGGCCAAUUACAUGUACCUGAAUAUACUACUUCAAGUCUUUAUCAAGAUGGUGACAUUAUAUGGAGAAUACUUAACAAUUACAUUCAACCUUUUGAACUGCCACAGUCUGGGUUCACUGAGUUGUGUACAUUCAAGAAAACUUUAAAAUAUCUUCGUAAAUGGAAAGAGCAAUGCUUGCAAACUGAACUAAUUAAUACAAAUGAAUUUCUCUUUCCAAUGGCAUUUAACAAUUUUACCGUUAUUACUUCUCCUCAUUUAUUAAAUGAGACCUACAUUGAGAUGUUAGAUCAGGUUUGUCCCAAGAAUAUAUGUUUACCAUUAACUAAUUACUAUUGUAAGCAUUCUUGGCAAAUAUGUAAUACUACAACUGCAUCAGGAUCUUGCUUCAAUGGAACAUGUUACAAUAUUGUAACUGGAGUGAAAUAUUUGAUUGUUCACAAUGGUUCAAUAGGAAUUAAUAGUGUUAAUGUAUAUUUUAAUAUAGGUAACGUUUCUCGAAGUUUUUAUCAACAAUUUGAAGUAGUUUAUGAAUGGGUUGAACUGGAUAAGGAAAAGAGUUUUUCUCUUAGUGGUAAUCCUGGCUAUAUAUUCGGGAAACCAAUAGUCAUUGGUACUUUAAAAAUAAAUAAGACUAAUAACGUGAAAACUAUUACUUUUAAUAAAACUGAUAGUUUUUUGACAUUGCCUAUAGCCAGAAAAGGUGGUGAAUGCAACGAAAUAAACAGGUAUACCAUUACCUUUGGAGAAGACAUUAAAUUACGAUGCUCCGUAUCCUUACCUAUUGAUGACUUUAAUACUUCAUCUUGUAUAGAAUUACAAAAUCGUACUAUGCAUUUCUUGAUGAAAGAUUCUUUGUUUAAUGUCACUGAAACUGAUCAAUACAGUAUUUAUGUUUCAAAGUCAGGUAACUUUACCAGAAAUGAUACAGCUGAUUGGGUACAAAUUUUACUUGAUAGAGUACCUCAGAAUAUUGUGACAGGGAACUUAAUCAAUGACCAUUUACAGUGUUUAGGGUUGACAACUUCAGUACAGUUCAAUAUUUUGUAUUCUGCCUUAACUAAACCUGAGACUUUGACUAAUUAUAAUAUAUUAGGAGUAGGUAUUAAUUUUUCUAACGAAUCUAACAUAUCAUGGUCAAAAUGUUUGACUGAAAACUGUACAAACAUACUUAAGGUAGAUAUUGUUACUUUCGUUACAUUCCAUGACGUGUCGAAGCCAUCCAAAUAUUACUUUGUAGGAGGUCCUAAUUUGGAUCUCACCUUGCCUUAUGAUUUUUUUUAUCCUUUUCUAAGUAGUUCAAAAUGUAUUACAUCAAGUAUAUUUUUAAUAAGUACUGUAACAUUCACUGUAACUAUACACAGUUCCUUUUAUUGAUCUCGUGUAAUUAUUACACCAGCACAAAUUUUUGAAAAAAUAGUAAAAAUAUGUGUAAGACAUGUACUGACAUCAUACCAAAAAUAAUUCCAUAUUUGUAUAUGACAGAGUGAAAAGUUUAAAAAAGUAUUACUGCUAUUUUAUAACAAUAUUUCAGUAAUAUACGUAUUUAAAAUAAAUAAAUUUAAACU